UUCAUCUCUCCCGCCCUUAUCCUCUAAGGCAAUACUCUUUCUUCUCUUAAGAAAUCAGACUUGGAAAUGGAAGCCAGCUCUUCUUCUGCUUCGAUGGUUUUGGGGUCGGUUUCAUCCCACGAUCAAGAGAGACUGAACUUGAAAUCCAUAUGGGGGGUUGUCGUUUCGGUCAACAACUUCAUCCACAAACUCAUAUCAAAUGCCAAAACCAGAAACUCUAUCCGGAUGAGAUGCGCCACCAAGUUUACCACUGCUAGAAAACACAAAUUCUUUGAGUUCUCUGAGCAGUCUGUGUUAUCGAAUUUUUACUGGGGCAUUGACAGCAUCGAAGCCGCAAUUCAAGAAAAGUGUUUGGAUGAGAAAGCAGCUCUGCUGAAGAAGGCAGAGCAAAUGCUGCAGGUUCCCGCGCUGCUCGACGAGCACGGUGUCACAGCUGGAAUUCACAACCGGUAUUUGGUCUGCUGCUCUUACUUUUACCUCUCAUUGGUCAGGAAGCUCCAGGAGGACGAGUGGCAGGUUGCGCUGCAUUUCCUGCAGGCAGUGCUGGUGUCCCCGGGGCUUGUUCAAACAGAAUUCGCACCCGAACUCUGCGAAAGGCUCUUCCCAUCACGCACCGCCAAGUGUGGGAAGCAAGCAACAAGGGGGAGGGGGAACGCGGGGUCAAAUUUUCCCUACGUGGAACAGGAGGAAGAUGAAGCAAUAGGGCGGAUGGCGAGGGUGUGGAGAGAUUGGCUGAUGUAUUAUCAGGUCAUGUUGUACGGAGAGACUCCUCGGUGGGAAUGUGACACUGAGCCUCAAUAUUCUAUGCAUGAAAAAUCUACCAGCUCGUUUUCUUCGAGUACAAUUGAGCACUGGGAGGUGCACCCUUUUGAUCCUCGAGAGGAUAUUGGCGGUGGCAUGGGAGAUGAAAUGAAGACUUUUUCCAUCUACAUCCGGGAAUUUGAAGAAUAUGAGAAAACUGCAAAGGAUUUAGAUCAAGUGACUAGUUUUAAUGUCGAGAAGCUUCAAAGGGGCUCCAGUAUCAAAAGACUCCACGAUAUGUUGAAUGACUCGCAAUCUGAUAUGCGAACUUCAGUGGGUUCAUGCUCCGAUUUUUCUGCUUAUGACAUUGAGUCAGAGGUCAUGGAUUACGGUGAAUGUUCACUGACAACCACAAGAAGUAGUGCAGAUUUUCCCAGGUCAGAAAUUUGUGACUGGAAGCUGCAGGAGUCAGUGCGUAAAGAAGUCCUGGAAGUAAAUAACUCUGCGUUACUUGCCAGUGGAUUCGCCAGUUCAAUCAAAAGUUUAAACUUAACCCUGUUUGAACACAGAGAUAAAAAAUCAAAGACCUUUCGGCAGCAUUGUAUGAUCAACCAGAUGGAUCACCAACAGAGUGGUGCACGAAGAAAGCAUAAUUUUCGUGGUCACGAAGUAAGUUCACACCCUGCAAAAGACUCCAAAAGUGAACUAUUUCAUAUGACCGAAAAGGCAAUAUCAAAAUUAUUGUACUCGGAAGGAUUAGGAAAAUGGGAGGAAGAUCAUGUUGUAGAAGUGACAACAAUAUACGAAAUAUUGGGUGAAAAGAACGGAGAAAACUGCGCUGUCUUGAAAGACAUGAUCUUGGAUCAAUUGCUAGCAGGCAUUUCUAGUUCGACAGAGGACAUUGUUAUAAGGGCAUCAAUUUCGAUACUAACCAGCAUUGCUGCAGCAAAUAAGUCGGUUAUAGAAGAUGUCAAGAAGAAAGGUCUGCAGCUGUCUGAUCUCGCAAGUGCUCUCAAAAGAAAUGUGCAGGAGGCAGCAGUACUAUUUUAUUUAAUGAAUCCAACUCCUGCAGAAAUUAAGACUUUCGAACUUUUACCUACAUUGGCGGGGAUCAUGUGCACUUCGAAUAGUUACAAGUGUAGGUCAGGAUCACUGCCAUCUCCAAUGACAGCAUGCCUGAUGAUUACUGAAAUUUUAGUAACUGCAUUCGACCAUGCCACGAACAACGUGCACUUGGCUGAGAUCAGUUCUCCUAAUGUUCUUGAAGGGCUCCUAGAUGUUGCAAGAGACACCAACAUUGAAGAAUUGAUCUCCUUGGCAACUAUUCUUGUAAAAUGCAUACAAUAUGAUGGAGAUAGCCGAAGAUAUAUAUCGAAAUUAGCUCCUGUGGCUCCAUUUGUCCGGCUUCUGGAAAGUAACAACAAGCAUGCCAAGUUCAUAGCACUCGAAUUUUUCCAUCAUGCUCUUUGCAUGCCACGGUCAUCAACGAUUACCUUGCUGAAGAGGCUACAACGCGAAGGAAACACGAACAUUAUGAACUCACUCAUGCUGUGUAUCAAACAAUUUGAACCCGAAUACCAAGUUUUGGCAGCAAAUUUGCUGCUUCAUUUAGAUACACUAGAUAACUCCACUUGUAAGAGUAUAUUCAGAGAAGAAGCAGUGCAGGUUCUUCUCAAGUCAGUGGCAUCUGAAGAAAGCUGUGGUGCACAACAAUUAUCUGCAUUCAUUAUAUCGAAUCUCGGUGGAACAUAUUCUUGGACAGGAGAACCAUACACAAUAGGAUGGUUGGUUAAAAAGGCAUGCUUGACUUCCUCGUAUCAACGAAACAUGAUCAAGAACAUUUGUUGGUCGGAUGAUUGCUUAGAGGAUGCUGGAACAGACACAUGGUGCAGCAAAAUUGCCAGAAGCAUCAUUAACAUUGGGAAUCCGGUUUUCCAUUCGCUAGCAAAGGGCCUAAAGAGUACAAUAAGGAGUGUUUCAAGGGAUUGUCUAACAACUGUUGCAUGGCUUGGAUUUGAAAUUGUGAAGAGUCCAGAGAGCGUAAAAUUUACUGCUUGUGAGAUCUUGCUUAGCGGAGUUGAGCAAUUUUUGCAUCCCGGAAUGGAGCUAGAAGAAAGAGUUCUAGCAUGUCUCUGCAUAUACAACUAUGCUUCUGGUAAAGGGAUGAAAAAAUUAGUUCAUUUCUCGGAAGGAGUGCGAGAAUCACUAAGACGCUUGUCGAGUGUAACAUGGAUGGCGGAAGAAUUACAUAAAGUAGCUGAUUAUGUUCAGCCAUUUUUAUCACAGCGUAUUUCGUGUGUUCACACACAAAUCCUUGAGGUCGGUGUCGGUUGCAGUGGAGCUGUAUGUGCCCUCAUCUAUUACAAGGGAUUUCUUUGCAGUGGAUACUCAGAUGGUUCUAUUAAGGUAUGGAACAUCAAGGGGCAAUCAGCCACCCUUGUAUGGGACGUGAAAGAGCACAAAAAGGCAGUUACGUGUUUUUCGCUUGUUGAACCGGGGGACAGCCUUAUAAGCGGAUCACUGGACAAAACCAUUAGGGUCUGGCAAGUGGUUCACAGGAAAUUGGAGUGCAUUGAGGUGAUAGCAGCAAAGAAACCAGUUCAGCACCUUAAUACGCACGGUCAAAUGAUAUUUGCAACUACCAAUGGCCAUGGAAUUAAGGUGUUUGAUGCAUCAAGAAAGGCCAAAUAUAAUUGCAAGAGUAAAAGGGUGAAGUGCAUGGCAGUGGUUCAGGGGAAGAUUUUUGCAGGUUGCAAGGACUCAAGUAUACAGGAGUUUUCCAUCAUGAACAACCGGGCACAAGAGAUCAAAGCAGCAAGGAAGUUCUGGAAGCUGCAAAAAAGGCCUAUCACUGCAAUUGUAACAUACAAAGAUUGGCUUUACAGUGCAAGUUCGAUCGUGGAAGGUUCAAAUUUGAAGGAAUGGAGAAGACACAUCAGACCUCAAAUGUCACUAAAAACCGGGAAAAGAGAACGAGUAAAGGAAAUGGGAAUAGUGGAAGACUUCAUAUACCUUAACUGCAGCCCAGCAACAAACUGCAUUCAGAUAUGGUUAAGAGGGUCACAGCAGAAAGUGGGAAGAAUUUCAGCAGGAAGUAGAAUCACCAGCCUACUCACAGCAAACGACAUUAUCUUAUGUGGUACCGAGACAGGAUUAAUCAAGGCCUGGAUCCCCUUAUAGCAUCAAAUUCAUCAACCAGCAGGCACGUACGCGAGAGCAAAGAAGGAUGAUGCUUCAUGUUUAUGCCUUGUUUUCUAGUUACGUUAUAUGUAAAGAGCUAAGCAGUGUGCAGCAUUUAACGAAGAAAGAGAAAUGUUGAGUCAUUGAGUGUGCUAUAUGUAAUAUGUGAAUGUUUGUGCAUAGAAUUAUCUCGACUAAUAGAAUGCCAGAAUAUGUUCAUCAA